AUGAAGAUAGCCUGUACAACCUUUGUGCUCCUCAUCCUAACGCUCCAGUGUUUGGCUUUAGAUGAUUCACCAUUUAAACUAACGAACAAAGACACUGGUUUUUGUUUGGUUAAAAGACAUGACUUCUGCUAUUACAUACGCUGGACAACUGGGGACAGACUUCUGGUUCCCUGGCUCAAUAAGUGCCUGGGAGUCCAAGGGAAAAGUGUGGGUAGUGAAAUAAGCCUUUACGACUGUGACGAAAAGAGCGACCUCCAAAAAUGGGAAUGCAAGAAUGGAACAGUGCUCGCCCUUAAAGACCAGAAGCUCUACAUUGAGCUCACUGCAGAUAACACAGCAGUUCUCUCCAAAACAAUAGGACCCAAUAACCACCUCACAAUUGAAGGGACAUCCAGCGGUGCUUGUACAAGAACAUACAGAGAACUUUACACCAUUGGGGGAAAUGCAAAUGGUAGGGUCUGCAUGUUUCCCUUUCUGUACAAAGACCAGUGGUACACAGAAUGCACAAUGUACGACUCCUCAGGAAGCCAACCUUGGUGUGCAGUUCAAACUAAAUUUGAAAAUCAACUCUGGGGCUUCUGCCCAACUAACACUAGAGAAAACUGGCACAAACACAUAACAACAGGAGCAUAUUACCAGCUCAACACACAAGCAGCUCUGACUUGGGCCCAGGCUGAAGCCAGCUGCAAACAGCAGGUGGCCUCCCUGCUCAGUAUCACCGAUCCUCACGAGCAGGCUUACAUCACAGCACUACUAGGAACAGGGGGCAAUAAGCUUUGGACUGGGCUGAGCAAGAACCAAGAACAUGGCUGGCACUGGUCCAAUGGGAAGCCUUACCGUUAUCUGAACUGGGACUCAGGAAACCCACUGCCUUCUCCGGGACACAACUGCGCAAUUGUUGAUGGUGAGGUACAGUACUCCUGGCAAAGCUCAACGUGCGAAAAGAAACGUGGGUACAUCUGCUACAGUGAGGGAGCUGUGACUACUCCUACUCAAGCUACCGAGACAGGAUUUUGUUCAAGCCCGUGGAUUCCCUACAAUGGCCACUGCUUCCACCUUCAUCGUGAUCAGCAAACAUGGUCUAAUGCUCAGAAAGCGUGUCGCAAAGAAGAAGGGGACCUAGUGAGCAUCCACAAUGUGGAGGACCAAAGCUUUGUCAUCUCUCAACUUGGCUAUGCAUCCACAGAUGAACUUUGGAUUGGACUGAAUGACAGGAAGACAGAGCGUCUAUUUGACUGGAGUGACCACUCUACUGUCAGCUUCACCAGCUGGGAAUCUGGAAAACCUGCUAUCUUUACUGACAACGAAGACUGUGUUCUCAUCAGGGGAGAGAAUGGGAACUGGGCUGACCGCGCGUGCAACGAGAAACAUGGUUUCAUUUGUAUGAAGACGAGUGCCUCUGAACCCUCUGGAGAUGAAGUGGACCUGAAUAUUGGCUGCAAAACCGGGUGGAAAAAACAUGGCUCCUAUUGCUACUUUGUAGGAACACAGACAAAGACGUUUGAUGAAGCCAAGGAUGACUGCAAGGCCUCAGAUUCCUACUUAGCUGAUGUGUCAAAUGGGGUGGAUAAUGCCUUCCUUGUUAGCUUGGUGGGGAUGAGACCAGAGAAAUACUUCUGGCUAGGCCUCUCAAACCAGAGACACAUUGAUUACUUUUUGUGGACCAACACAGAGUCAGUGAGGUUCACUCACUGGAACACUGGAAUGCCAGGUCAGCAACAGGGCUGUGUUGCCAUGACAACUGGAGUUUUUGCUGGCCUCUGGGAUGUGCUGCCCUGCACCAAAAAGGAGAAAUACAUCUGCAAACACCUGGCAGAGGGGGCAGUUGCAACCCAUGUACCACCAACGGUUCCUCCUCCCAAGUGUGCCGACGGCUGGACUCGAAUACCAACAAGAAACUUCUGCUAUAAGCUUUUUCCAGAGUCAAGGUCAGACUGGAAGACCUGGUAUGAGGCCAAAGAUUACUGCAAGGCCAUUGGAGGAGACCUGCUCAGCAUCCACAACAGACUUGAGCUAAUAGUUGGACAUCGGUAUGAUGGAAAUGCGUGGAUUGGACUUAAUGCCCCGGACCCAGCCACCGGUUAUAUAUGGACCGAUGGAUCCCCGGUAAACUUCCAACACUGGAAAGAAGGAGAGCCAAACAAUAAAAACAAUGUGGAAGCUUGUGCUGAAUUCAGUCUAUAUGAGCAAACUUGGAGUGGGUCCUGGAAUGAUGUACAGUGUGAGAAGUACAAUAAAUGGCUGUGUCAGAUCCGUGCAGGAGCAACUCCAAAGCCACCUCCAGAGCCUGUCAUUCCUGACCACAAUAAGACAGCAGAUGGGUGGCUAGAACUAAAUGGGACUCAGUAUUAUAUUAACAGCAAGGGAAUGGCCAUGGAAGAUGCUCGCCGAUUCUGCCAACAGAAGCAUGGUGACCUGGUAUCUAUUGGCAGUGAAUCUGAGAGUGUAUUUUUAUGGAAACAGAUAUCCAGAAGUUAUAGUACUUACUGGAUAGGCCUGAAGGUAGACCUAAAUGGAGCAUUUGCUUGGAUGGAUGGUUCUCAAAUGGUGUAUCAAAGAUGGGAUGAAGGUCAGCCUGAUUUCAAGAAUUAUGAUGAGCAGUGUGUUGCCAUGCAUUAUCAUAAUGGAUUCUGGCAUGAUUAUAAUUGUGGGCAUGAGCACAUGUCCAUUUGUAAACGCAGCACUGGCUCACCAACAACCAACGCCACUGUGGCACCCACAGAGGCCCCUAAAGGUGGCUGCCCACCCAACUGGAAAAAAUUUAACUCCAAGUGUUACAGCCUCAUUACCGAUCAGAAAUUAACAUGGGAUGCAGCGAGAAAACAAUGCAAAGCCAUGGGUGGAAACUUGGCCUCUAUUCCCUCAAGACACGUGGCAGUGUUUUUGACGACUCAAAUGGUUGAAACACCCACGACAGACCUUUGGAUUGGUUUUCGCAGUUCAGUUUCAACUGGAUUUUAUUGGACUGAUGGGCAACCAAGGAGAUAUGUCAACUUGGAAUUUGAAAGACGCAACAGUCUAGCCUAUUUUUGGGAAAGACCGUGGUUUAAGUGUGCUGUGAUAAAUACAAACCCUGCCCAUGGCAUUGGGACAUGGAUACCAAAGUCUUGCAAUGACACCACUGGAUUUGUCUGUCGUCGAAAUGUUGACCCAUCUCUCCCAGACUCCCCUGAACCGACAACCUCUUCUGAUUAUGUCAAAAUAUUAAAUGACUCUAUCAAGGUUGUUAGUCAAAAAAUGAACUGGGACGGAGCCAUGAAGCACUGUGAAGGUGAUGGUGCCAGACUGGCUAGCCUACGAAACAAGUGGACACAGACCUAUGCUGAGCUGCUGGCCUUGACUCUCAAAGCCCCUUUGUGGAUUGGACUGAACAAAGCAAAGACCAAUGGGUAUUUCAGAUAUAUUGAUGGCUGGCACAUGAGCCUUUCUCAGUGGGGUGAAAAUGAACCAAGCAGGAAUCGAUCUUGUGUCUACGUGGAUGUGGAUGGAAAAUGGAAGACUAGUGACUGCAUGCAGACCAUGAAUAGUGUUUGUAUGAAGUCUACAGACGUGCCACCGACAGACAUCACUGAUUUUCCUGGAAUUUGCCCUGAAGACCCAGAUGAAACAAACACAGACAAGAUAUACACCUGGCUACCAUUUAAGGGUUACUGUUACAUAUUUUUCACAGACAAAAGAAAUUGGCCAGAUGCAGCUGUAAGCUGUAGCAGACAUGGUGGAUUACUAGCCAGUAUUGAAGAUCCCUCUGAGCAAGAAUUCAUUAAGAACAAUGCAAAUAUAUUUAAAGACAGCUACAGAAACUUCUGGAUCGGCCUGUUUAAAACUCUCAAAGGGGAGUGGUUGUGGUUGGACAGAACAGUCAUGGACUACACUAACUGGGCUGAAGAGGAACCUGGUUAUCGCAGCCAUGGAGGCCUUAGUACCUUGGAUGGGACAUGGAGUACAGGCACUGAGAAUUAUCGUAGACCAUACAUCUGCAAAACACCCAAAGUAUUACCACCAACACAGUUACCUUUUUCAAUCUGUGCACCAGCUAAACAUCAUCAACGUGGUCACAUAGCUUUGGCGGCUGUGGUGGUCGUCAUGGGGCUUGCCAUGGGGGUAAUCGUUGCCUUCUUCAUCUGCAAAAAGUUCAAUCAUCGUGUACCCAUCCCUGAUAUGUUAACCACCUUUGACAACCCACUCUUCUUCAACAAUGAGCAGCCACCGCCUGAUGUGGCUGACACCAGUAUACUAGUUGAGAAUGCAAAGGAAGACAACUCUGACCUUGUUGUAAUUGAAUCUGAUAGGACACAGGCUCUAUCUAGGGCUCAUGGUUAGUGGCUUACUCUUUUGCAAGGCCAGUGAUAUCACAGUCAACGCUUCAAUAGAGUUGGCAAUGAGUGAUGGUCAAAGCAAUUUAGAAUGUUCAUUGGGAAUGAUAGUUUGAACUUAUAUGUAAUCAUGUACUGUAUUUUGUAAUUACUAAAAACAGGUUAACUGGUAAGAUGAACUGGGAUGUAUUCUUUACACUUUUUUGUUUAUUACUUUAUUAUAACUGUGAGGAUA